AUGUUGCCACAGGGGAUUAAGAAAGCCGUGACGGAUAAUCCAAAGAAACUAGCCAACUUGAUUGACCUGGUGAAUCUUCCUUCUACACUGAGAGAGUUUGUGGGUCAGUCUCAGAUUUCCCGGCUUGGAUGUUUCGUGCGUGUCUGGUCGUACAUCAAGGACAACAAUCUCCAGGAUCCAAACAACAAAAAUGUGGUCAACUGUGAUGAGAAGUUGAAGAGUAUUUUGUUGGGCAAGCCUCAAGUUGAGUUAGCUGAGCUGCCUGCAUUGAUCAAGCUUCAUUUCCCCAAAGAGGCUAAAUAA